GGAGCCCCCGCUGGCGUGCCAGACCUACUGGGGCCCGUCCACCCAGCUGCGCCAGACUCCGGCAACGGGGCCCCCGAUGGCAGUGGGCACCUCCCUGUGAAACCUGCCAAGCUGGACGCCACAGUUCCGCACGCUGACACUUUGGCCAACUCCGUGCCCCCGUUGGAGGUGUGCAGCCAUGCAGUCCUAGCCUGCAGCCCCGGCAUCCCUGAGGAGCACUAUGUAAGCGAGGCUGUGGAAGAUGCUCCCAGCUGCAGAGGGUACCGGGAUGCCUGCACCAUCACCGACGUGUGCAACAGCACCGAUCUUCCGGAAGUCGAGAUCAUCAGCCUGCUCGAGGAGCAGCUGCCCCAUUAUAAGUUAAGAGCCGACACCAUCUACGGUUAUGAUCACGACGACUGGCUCCACACGCCCCUCAUUUCUCCAGAUGCCAACAUCGACCUCACAACCGAGCAGAUUGAAGAGACGCUGAAGUACUUCCUCUUAUGUGCUGAAAGAGUUGGCCAGAUGACUAAGACGUAUAAUGACAUAGACGCUGUCACUCGGCUUCUUGAGGAGAAAGAGCGGGAUUUAGAACUGGCCGCUCGGAUCGGCCAGUCGUUGUUGAAGAAGAACAAGACGCUAACCGAGAGGAACGAGCUGCUGGAAGAGCAGGUGGAACACAUCAGGGAGGAGGUGUCUCAGCUCCGGCACGAGCUGUCCAUGAAGGAUGAGCUCCUGCAGUUCUACACGAGCGCCGCCGAGGAGAGCGAGCCCGAGUCCGUGUGCUCCACCCCGUUGAAGAGGAAUGAGUCCUCCUCCUCUGUGCAGAACUACUUUCAUCUGGAUUCUCUUCAGAAGAAGCUGAAGGACCUCGAGGAAGAGAACGUCGUGCUCCGAUCUGAGGCCUGCCAGCUGAAGACGGAGACCAUCACCUACGAAGAGAAGGAGCAGCAGCUAGUCAACGACUGUGUGAAGGAGCUGAGGGACGCCAACGUGCAGAUUGCCAGUAUCUCAGAGGAGCUGGCCAAGAAGACCGAGGAUGCUGCCCGCCAGCAAGAGGAGAUCACACACCUGCUGUCGCAGAUAGUUGACUUGCAGAAGAAGGCCAAAGCUUGUGCCGUGGAAAAUGAAGAGCUGGUGCAGCAUCUGGGGGCGGCCAAGGACGCCCAGCGGCAGCUCACGGCCGAGCUGCGUGAGCUGGAGGACAAGUAUGCGGAGUGCAUGGAGAUGCUCCACGAGGCGCAGGAGGAGCUCAAGAACCUCCGGAACAAGACCGUGCCCAACACCACGUCCCGCCGCUACCACUCCCUGGGCCUGUUCCCCAUGGACUCUUUGGCGGCAGAGAUCGAGGGAACGAUGCGCAAGGAGCUGCAGUUGGAAGAGCCUGAGUCUCCAGACAUUGCUCACCAGAAGCGAGUCUUCGAGACGGUGAGAAACAUCAACCAGGUCGUCAAGCAGAGGUCUCUGACCCCGUCCCCCAUGAACAUCCCCGGCUCCAACCAGUCCUCAGCCAUGAACUCCCUCCUGUCCAGCUGCGUCAGCACCCCGCGGUCUAGCUUCUACGGCAGCGACAUUGGCAACGUGGUCCUGGAUAACAAGACAAACAGCAUCAUCCUGGAAGCAGAGUCUGCCGACCUGGGGAACGGCGAGCGCAGCAAGAAGCCCGGGACGCCGGGCACGCCCGGCUCCCACGACCUGGAGACGGCGCUGCGGCGGCUGUCCCUCCGCCGGGAGAACUACCUCUCCGAGCGCAGGUUCUUCGAGGAGGAGCAGGAGCGGAAGCUGCGGGAGCUGGCGGAGAGGGGCGAGCUGCUCAGCGGCUCCCUGACGCCCACGGAGAGCAUCAUGUCCCUCGGCACCCACUCCCGCCUCUCCGAGUUCACCGGCUUCUCCGGCAUGUCCUUCAGCAGCCGCUCCUACCUGCCCGAGAAGCUGCAGAUCGUGAAGCCGCUGGAAGGCUCUGCCACCCUUCACCACUGGCAGCAGUUGGCCCAGCCCCACCUCGGGGGCAUCCUGGACCCCCGGCCCGGUGUGGUCACCAAGGGCUUCCGGACACUGGACGUUGACCUGGAUGAAGUGUACUGCCUUAACGACUUUGAAGAAGACGACACAGGUGACCACCUUUCCCUCCCGGGCCUAGCUACCUCCACGCCAGUGCAGCACCCAGAGACCUCAGGUGAGGGGUCCCGAGCACGCGUGACUGUCUCAGGCAGCAGAAGUUACCCACGCCGGCCUCAGGCCUUCCCAGAGGAGAUGCAGGAGCCGCCAGCGGCCGAGGAGGAGGAGGAGGAGGAGGAGGAGGGGUCUGCACACCACCCUGGGAAGUGCAUGUCACAGACCAACUCCACCUUCACCUUCACCACAUGUCGUAUCCUGCAUCCUUCAGAUGAGCUCACGCGGGUCACGCCAAGCCUUAACUCGGCUCCAACUCCAGCUUGUGGCAGCGCCAGCCACUUGAAGUCCACGCCGGUGGCCACCCCGUGCACUCCACGGAGACUGAGCCUGGCCGAGUCCUUCACUAACACCCGCGAGUCCACGACCACCAUGAGCACGUCUCUGGGGCUGGUGUGGCUGCUGAAGGAGCGAGGCAUUUCUGCGGCCGUAUAUGAUCCUCAGAGCUGGGACCGGGCUGGCCGGGGCUCCCUCCUGCACUCCUACACCCCCAGGAUGGCGGUGAUCCCCUCCACCCCCCCCAACUCGCCUAUGCAGACACCCACGUCUUCCCCGCCCUCCUUUGAGUUCAAGUGCACGAGCCCUCCCUACGACAACUUCCUGGCCUCCAAGCCAGCCAGCUCCAUCCUGAGGGAAGUGAGGGAGAAGAAGAGCGUCCGGAGCAGCGAGAGCCAGACAGACGUGUCCGUCUCCAACCUCAACCUCGUGGACAAAGUCAGGAGGUUUGGCGUGGCCAAAGUGGUGAACUCAGGGCGAGCCCACGUCCCCGCCUUGACUGAGGAUCAGGGACCUCUCCUCUGUGGGCCCCCGGGCCCAGCCCAGGCCCUCGUCCCCGGAGGCCUGGUCCCCGAGGGCCUGCCUCUCGGAUGCCCCACCGUCACGAGCGCCAUGGGCGGGCUGCAGCUCACCAGCGGCAUCCGGAGGAAUCGCAGCUUCCCCACCAUGGUGGGGUCCAGCAUGCAGAUGAAAGGCCCUGUGGCUCUCACCUCGGGCAUCUUGAUGGGUGCUAAGCUCCCCAAACAGACUAGCUUCCGGUGAGGACGGAGGCAGGCCCUUCCCCUGGAGGAGACCAGUCCUGCUCCUGCCUCCCCCCCGCCCCCCGCACUGUGUGCUCUCCCUCUCUCCUCCUCCGUCCCUCCCCUCUUGAGCUAGACAAAUCAACCUCGUGCCUAAUGGGGGAAGAGGGACACUGCACAGUGUGUACAUGGGACUUGGAGACCUGGUGUCCACCCUGCCCUUCCUCCAUAUCCCACGGGAAGGGCCCUAGCGCCGUCACUGCUGUCACCGGAAUGUUGUAUAGCGGGGGGCAGGGGCAGGCAGGUGGCCCUUUCUCCUCCUCUGAGAAGCACUGAAACCCCAAGAGCGUUCUUAUCCCAUGGAUAGGAAACCAGUGAAUCCGUGGCUGGCCCCCAGGGCUGUCCAUCGCGAGCCGGCUCGGGGCACGAUGCCUCUGCCCCCCGGUGUCGCUGGGCACCUCCCCUCGCUCGCCCUGGAAGAGCACCAGGAGCCUCGGUCUGUGGCCACACGCAGCUGAUGUAGCUUUCAGGAUCGCAGGGCUGUUCUUUGUUUCAGGGGUGGCCGCGCUUCCUCAAGACCGUCACUACUCUGCUUCAAUGGAGAGUCGCUUUUUUUUUUUCCAUGCCUUCGAUCUGAAUCACCCUUCGAUGUCCUGUAAUCAUUUGUCAGGCCGGACGUCUGGCCUGAAAGAAUGUAUUCACACUCCCGCCGCACCCUCAGCCCCUGUGUGUUCUGCGUGAGGUUUUCGUUUUCUGUUUUCUAUAUGCAGGGAAGUAAUGGUACUAGAUAGAGAGUCAUGGUCCCUGUCCUGUGGUCCUAGGACACGGGCAUCACACGGUUUCCAACAUACCGAGCUGCUACUGAGAUAGCGGCAGAGUUUGGGGACCCAGUGUCACAACCAAAUUAAGACCAGACCCAAGAUACUUCUAACAAUAGGAUUACAAGGAAAGGGGGUAAGGGGCGAAGGCUGUGAGUGGAAUUUGUCAACAGUAGAAGUCAAAAGAACCACAGCCCACCUGUAACACCAGCCUGUUCAUGGGGGAAAUGAGGCUUGGGCAUUCUCCUGGUUCCAGCCCUUCCUCGGAUGCCCGAGACUGGUCCGCGUGUCUUCACGCGUGUGGUCUUGAUGCAGGCAUUCAGCGCCCACACCUUGUGCCCUCGUGUUUCGGAACCGAGUGCUACAACUCGGUAUUUUCUCCCGCCCUCCUCUCCCGAGCCCUGGGUCUCCGUGUGCAGCUGUUUAGGAAAAGAUGGAGGUGCUUGUGGGAAGAACCGUACCUGAACAUGGGAGCCUGGUCCUGUGUUGUCGCUGACAGAGUUUGGAACUCUUAUUUAUUAUUUGUGUGUGCUGUAUUUUAAACCUCCACCCUCCUUUCCCAUUCCAGUCACAGUGUGGCUGUGGCAUUCCAAUCCAAGCAGGUAACUUAUUUAUUCUAACCUGAGGACGGCGCCAUCCCUCAGGGUUCCGUGGUCCUUCGUCCCAGCCAUUUGUGGAAGGGUAACAUCACAUGCAGAUGAAAUCGUCGCGUUGCUGUCCCGUCCCCCACCCCUCCCCAGAUGUGUCCAGUUGAGUGUAAACUUGCGCCUCCUGAGGCAUCUUUGAGAAAGUCUCAAAGGAGCAAACUUCAGUACCCCAAUUUUAGAUUAUUUAUUCUCAGAACAUGAGGGUGCGGGUUGUUUCCAACCCCCCUCCUGGUUGUAUGCGUGCAUUCACUGCAAGGAAAUUUUUUAUUUGAAUGUAUUUUAAAGCAGUAGGUAGAAUAACAAAGUAUGAAAACCACGAACUGAUGGACCACUUUAUGUAUUCAGAGAGGAGCCACCAUCACCACAAAGGAAAUACCAUGUAAAAAUCGGCCAUUCGGAGGUUGCAGUACUUAGUAUAGUUCAUGAUCAACCUUGUGCAACCACUACCAAAAAAGUGUGUUGUGAUGCAUCAGAAAACAAUACAAUUCCAUUCUCUAAUGAAUAUCAAUAAAAUAAAUUCAAACGAUGGGAACCACA